GUCAGUAAAGGAUGUUUAGGGUGAGGAGACUCUUUGCUCAGCUUCAUUCUACAGGAAGACAGGCAGCUGGAUACUGUAUCUCACCUGUUAACAUGAGUGCAGACACCAUCACAUCUGAUGAACUGAAAAAGCUAAACGCCCAAGGAACAGCGCAGAUAUUUGAUGUAAGAACACCAGAGGAGGUCCAAAAUGGGAAAAUCUCAAAUGCCAUAAAUAUUCCCAUCACUGAGUUUGAAGAUGCUUUUAAGAUGGACCCUGAGACAUUUGCCAAGAUCUUCAAGGUUGACAAACCCAAGCUGGAUGAUAACAUUGUUGUUCAUUGUCAGUUAGGAAGGCGUGGAGCUCGGGCCGCAGACAUUGCUUCUUCUUUGGGAUACAAACAUGUUCAAAACCUCGUUGGUGGAUACAAGGAAUGGUCUGAGAAAGAAGGAAAAUUAUCUACGGAUGUUUGCCAUUUCGAACAUGGUCUUCCCAAUUCGAACUGAUCUCUUAUCCUUGAAGGAUUAUUGAUGAUCUGUUUCCUGGUAUAACCUCUGGAUUCAGAACCCAUAUGCUGCUCCUUUUUUAACCUGUAUGCUGCUCGUCUCAUGUUUCUUUUAACCAAAGGCAAUGUUUCUUUCACGGUUUAUAUUCUUAUGUUUUAUUUUAAUCUAUGUGAUAAACAUUAAAAUAAACCAUGAGGAACCUUGUAAAAAAAAUAUUUCAUAAACAUUAAAUAAUAUAAAAAAC